AUGUGUGGGGAUAUGGGAAAAGCUGUGUUGCGGGCCCUGACGGGUGCUCUGCUCUGUGGCCUCGUGUCUGAUGCGGCGUAUUUACAACAAUACGAAGACUACCCAGUAUACCAACAGGUGUACAAGAAACCUCUCAGGGAGCACGAGAAGCCUCAAGACCUCCGUAAUGUACCAGGCGUUCCUGGCGUGGACUAUCCAAUUUACCACCAGGUCCCGGAGACCAGCUUCUCCUGCGCCCAUGUACCUGUUCACCCUGGAAUGUACGCUAAUGUAGAGACCGGAUGUCAGGUAACGGUUUUUAAUUAA